CUCGGGAAACACGGGGAGGUCGGACCGGUCUACUUAGGAUUUGGUUCCACAAACCACAAACAAAGAUAGUUCCGUCACCUCCUUGACACAGUAUAAUUUUCCACGCUGUAAUUUCCGUCUAUGUUCACGCUGAAGUUCCCUUCAAAGGCGAUACAGACGGGAUAAUUAAUCCGCCACCCCCUUUCCGGGAGCAGCGCCGGACUUUGGCCGUGAAACUUGGGUCCCGAGUCGGAUGAGCGCUUCCGCAUUGCCGGCAGGCGUGCGGUCACAGCGGCAGGAUGAACAACCACAAAUAUAGCACUUUGUAUCACAAACGCCGAGGAAGGACGAGGAUUAUUCAAUGUGUCUAUGUGGUUGGCUUUAUGGACUUGUUCGGGGUGAGCCUGAUCAUCCCGCUGCUGAGCCAUCACGUCAAAGCGCUCGGAGCAAGUCCUACUGUUGCUGGUAUUGUUGGGUCCACAUAUGGCGUCUUGCAGCUGUUCUCAAGCACAAUUGUGGGCAGCUGGAGUGAUGUAGUGGGCCGCCGUCAGUCCCUGCUGACGUGCUUGCUGUUGAGCACUUUGGGCUACAGCCUACUUGGAAUGUCCACCAGCAUCGCUUUGUUCGUGCUCUCGCGGAUCCCAGUGGGGCUGUUCAAGCACUCCCUGUCCAUCUGCAGAGCCCUGCUGUCUGACCUGGUGUCUGAGGCAGAGCGCCCCCUAGUGAUGGGACACUUCAACGCCGCCUCCAGCGUGGGCUUCAUUCUAGGUCCCGUAGUCGGGGGCUACCUGACGGAGCACGAGGGCGGCUUCUACACCUGCGCCUUCGCUUGUGCCGGCAUCUUCCUCAUUAAUGCAGGUCUUGUAUGGAUGCUUCCAUGGGGCGACAUCAUCCAUCACAGCAACGGCACCACUCACUCUAAAUCCGCCAGCAACGGUUCUUCUGCUAAGAACCACACGCCGGCACAGGCGGACCUGGAACCGCAAGCUCCGAGGCCACGACCCGACUGGAGCCAGCUGUCCUCAGUGGGGUCCAGGAUUCGCAUGGUGGCUUCGUCCGAUAUGUGGGACCUGUUCCUGGUGCGCCUGCUGAUGGCGGUGGCCAUCAUGCUCUACUACAGCAACUUCUCACUGGCCAUGGAGGAGCGUUUCUCUGUUAAACCAAAGACGACGGGCUACCUCAUCAGUUACAGUAGCACUCUGGGGGCGCUUGCUGGGUUUCUGGUGGGACCCGUCACUCGGUUGUACGGCGACGACAUGGCCACCUUGCUGCUGCACUCCACUUUGCUGACGUUCCUGCUUAUAUCGCUGUAUACAGCCGCACAGAGCGUUUGGCAGGUGGUGCUCAGCUCCACCUUCUUCGCCAUCUCCACCACGGUGGGACGCACCUGCAUCACCGACUUAGAACUAAGCAGGGGAGGGCCACGGGCCAGCGGGACUCUGAUCGGAGCCGGACAAUCUGUGACCGCGGUGGGCCGCGUGCUGGCUCCCCUGCUCUCGGGCAUCGCCCAGGAAUUCAGCCCCUGCGGACCUCCCGCUCUGGGGGUCCUGCUAGCUUUGGUGGCGGUGGGCGUGCUGCUGGUUAGAAUCCCCAGUUGGAACAGGAAAGCUGGCACAGAAAUAGCAACUAAAAUAGGAUAAUAAGCUAAAAACUUUUCUGGGCACUGAACUGUUUUUCAUUUUUACUCAGACUGUAUAAACUCAAUUGGAGUGGCCUUUUAUAUAUUUAAAACUUUUUUAUGACAUGAAUUUUCAACUGUUUUGUAAGCACCACACGAAACGACCACUCGAUUUGAGGAUGUCUUCAGAAUGUUUUGCUUAUUUCCUGAUCUUUACUGGUGCUUUGAUUUACGAGUUUCUUGUGUUCCGUGACCACGCUCGUAACUCAAAACACAUUCCAACUCAUCUUUCCGAAUUGAAAAAGAUACAAAUCCACUUCAUCCUUUGCGGCACCCCAAAACCCACCAGUAGUUUUUUAUGUUAAGAAAAACACAUUUUAAAAAUCGUACUUUUUAAAAACAUGGUCAUUCAGCGGAUAUUGUGCUGCUCAUUUUGGUCCUUGCGCAAUGGCCACAAGGCAGCAACGUAUUAUAUGCGCUAUGACAUACAACUAGAUUUGAUGAUGAAACACCUUUUACAGAGAAUAAAGAAAGUAUGCCUUUUAA